AUGGGAACUCAUCGACUUUUCAUCGCUUCUGUCACUCUUUUUUGUUAUUUCUCUCUACCUCAUCUAAUCGGAGCUACACGAUACAGACCGUACCACCAACAAGUGUUCGUGGAUCAAUCUGGCAAAGGAAAUUUCACGAAAAUACAAAAAGCUAUCGAUUCGGUUCCAUCCAACAAUCGUAAUUGGUUCUUCAUCAACGUUGCAGCCGGCCUUUACAAGGAGAAAAUAAAGAUACCAUAUGACAAACCGUUCAUAGUAAUAAUCGGAGCUGGAAAGAGGAAAACUAGAGUUGAAUGGGACGACCAUUACUCGGUUGCACAAAGCCCUACCUUUGCUACUAUCGCAGAUAAUACCGUCGUUAAGAGCCUCACUUUCGUGAAUACAUAUAAUUUCCCGAACAAUGGGAAAGUGAACAAGAACCCUAGGACUCCGGCGGUGGCGGCGUUGAUCGAUGCCGAUAAGUGUGCUUUUUACUCGGUAGGGUUUGCCGGAAUUCAAGAUACCUUGUGGGAUGCGGAUGGUCGACACUUGUUUCACCGUUGCACUAUCCAAGGCGCCGUUGAUUUCAUCUUUGGUAACGGUCAAUCUAUUUACAAGGAAUGUGUGAUACAAGUGCUAGGAGCGACACUAGAACCGGGGCUAGCUGGAUACAUAACGGCUCAAGGGCGGACAAACCCGUACGACUCGAACGGAUUCGUGUUCCUGGACAGCCUCGUUCACGGAACAGGGAUGGCUUACUUGGGAAGACCGUGGCGCAGUUACGCUCGAGUGAUCUUUUACAACACUAACAUGACCAACGUGGUUGUUCCCGAAGGUUGGGACGCGUGGCACUUAGUGGGCCACGAAUCACAGCUGACGUAUGCAGAAGUUGGAUGCUUUGGAAGUGGAUCUAGUAUGGCGAGACGUGUGAGCUGGGUUAAGAAGCUGAAUGGAGGCAUCGUUCAAAGUUUGAGUAGUCUCAACUUCAUUAAUAAUGGUGGGUGGGUUCAAGAUUUGCCCAUUCGUGUUUGA